AUGGCGAUUGGGAGGAGUCAUACAACGAGUUUCUUCGUUGGUUAUUCGCUAUGCAGAUGCACUUGCCCGAUAAAAUUUAUUUCAUUAUGGUUAUUCGCUAUUAAAAAAUACACCAUCUACAAUAUGCUAACUGAAAAUGGGUCUUUAGGUACUUGGGUGCAACUUGUGACACAGCAUUGGCCUGGUUCUGCCGACACAAUAAUGUUUCAUCGGAUUUUUUGGACAUUUUCACCGUGUGUUAAGGCUUUCAAGCAUUGCAAGCCACUUAUUUCUAUUGAUGACACCCACUUAUAUAGUAAAUACGGUAGGACGUUGCUGAUGGCCAUAUCUCAAGAUGGUAACGCAAACAUUUUGCCUAUUGCAUUUGCCGUUGUUGAGGGUGAGACGAAGGAUGGAUGGUCGUUCUUUCUUUCAUAUCUGUGGCAACAUGUGACACCACAACCCGGUAUCUUAGUGAUUUCAGACAGACACAAAUCAAUUGAUGGUGCGUUGAACGUCGAGGGAAGAUUAUGGAAACCACCUCAUGCCUUUCAGGCAUUUUGUACAAGACAUAUUGCUGCCAACUUCAUGACUCACUUCAAGAACAAGGACUUGAAGAAGGUUCUGGUUAACGCAGCGUAUUCGAAGUCGCAGCAUGAGUUCACUCAUUAUUUUGGCCGUCUAAGGAGCAAAAAUGUAGCAAUCACAAAUUGGCUUGAAGAAAUGCUACGGCCACAGUGGGCAUAG